AUUAUGGCUGCAGCAAAGCCUUCAAAUCAAAUGGAUUUUACAUCACCUGGAAGCAAUGCCGAAUCACCUGGACCCAUGGAACAACUGCAGUCUUCCCCACCUUUGUCACGAAUUGGUCUUAACACGAACAAGGCUGGCAUGGAGGGUCUGGACAAGACCAAAAUUGACCAAAUCAUCAUCCAGGCUUCCAAGGGGUCCAAGUACUACGAGAACGAGCUCCAAAAGGAAAGAAAAGUUAAAGAAAAAAUUGAUACCAUGCUCAAGGAGUUAAAACAGCUGAGUCCAUCCGCAAUAGAAACUUCAGUAGCUGCUAGUGACAAUGAUAUUGCAACCAUUGAGCUAAGGAGAGACUUAAAUCAUAUCAUAGUUCAUGUUGAUAUGGAUGCAUUUUAUGCAGCUGUAGAGAUGAGAGAUGAUCCCUCACUUUUGAACGUACCCAUGGCUGUUGGAGGCCAGUCCAUGCUAAGUACUUCGAAUUACCUAGCUCGCAGGUAUGGAGUAAGAGCGGCCAUGCCAGGCUUCAUAGCUAAGAAACUUUGUCCUCAGCUUGUUAUUGUCAAGUCUCACUUUAGCAAGUACCAGGAGGUGAGUCAAACUGUGAGAGAAAUACUCUCCAACUAUGAUCCACUCUUCUCUUCCGUUGGCCUUGAUGAAGCAUAUUUAGACAUAACGGAAUAUGUGACGGAAUUAAUGAGGGGAAAGGAGGAACAAGUGCCAGUUGAAGAAGAGAAUAGGGUCACUCAGAGUUUUGGUGAUUCAUCAGUUGAGAAUGCUGAGUCUUUGAAGCAUAGCUUAGUUCAUCAAACUGAUACAAAACUGAUUCAAAUUGAUCCAGAAUCAUCUCAAGAAACUGAUGCAAAAUUGCUUCAAAUUGACGAUCCAGAAUCUUACUCUACUGAUAUGAAAUCGCAGCACGGUAGUAAUGAAUCACUCAAUGAUACUGAUUCACAUCAGAUUGAUGAUCUAAUUUGUGAUUCCGAUCAAUGCCUUCCCAAUAGUUACUGGGAAUGUGCCGAGAAGGUAGUUAGCGAAAUCAGAGAGAGAAUACAUUUAACUACCCAGCUAACAGCUAGUGCUGGGAUUGCUUCUAAUAAGAUGCUGGCUAAAAUUGCAUCAGACAUGAACAAACCGAAUGGGCAGUACAUGAUCCCACCAUCAAGGGAAAAGAUACUGGAAUUUAUUAGGAAGCUACCAAUCAGAAAAGUUAGUGGGAUUGGAAAGGUGACCGAGAAAAUGCUGAAUGCCCUGGGGAUUGUCACAGGUGCAGAUAUUUAUGAUAAAAGAGGUCUUCUGAGGCUCAUGUUUUCCAAGUGUUCCUAUGACUAUUUUAUGAAUAUUUGUCUUGGUAUAGGGUCCUGUACAGUCCACAGUGAGUGGGAGAGAAAGAGCAUCAGUACAGAGAGAACAUUCCCUGAUAUUUGGAAGCCAUCUGAACUCUUUCAAAAGUGCCACAAGUUAUGCUAUUCACUGACAGAAGAAGUUGAAGAGAGCAAUAUUAAGGGAAAGACUGUGACAUUGAAACUGAAGACUAGUGCUUUUGAAGUGAAGCAACGCUCUAUGACUUUCCCCAAUCCUAUAAGCUCCUUUGCUGAUAUUCACAAAGCAGCAAGGAUCCUGCUAGAAACAGAAAUGAAGAACAAUUCUCAACUAAAACUCCGUUUAAUGGGAGUUAGAUUAUCUAGUCUUGAAGGAACCAGUAAAUCCCCCAGUAAAAAGAGAAGCACAAGUGCAGCUGCAACUGUAUCACUGGACAGGUUCUUUUCACCGGAGGAGAAAGAGUCAAGUACCAUGGAAAGUAAAAGAGUCAAGAUGUCUGAGGAAGUUCAAAGAAAUUCGGAAGAUGGUUUCGAAACAAAGAUGUCUGAGGAAGUUGAAGGAAGUUUGGAAGAUGGAUUCGAGACCUCAUCAAUUGAAAUGAAAACAUGUUUAAAGUGUCCUAUAUGUAAUAAAGAUGUACCUGGUGAUAAUGCUGCACUGAACCUACACGUUGAUGAGUGUCUUAACCAGUCCGCCAUUGAAGAGAUGUCUAUUGAUCCUGUUGAUGUCAGUAGCUGUAGCUCUACUGGUAAUAAGAGUUUUGAAUUGCUGCAACAGCCUUCCAUAAGCAAGACCACAAGUAAAUUGGCUACUCCAUUAUCAAGAAGCACGAUAAAGAAGUCACAGAGAACUGGCAAACAGAAUUCAAAAGGUGGUUCUACUAGAAAAGGAAAAGCUGCCGUUUCGACACCAGUCAAAUCACUCAAAUCAUUCUUUGUUUAGACAUUAGACAGCACAAUUAUUGUAAUAAUGUAAUGAUAAUGUGAUAAUUUCAAUAAUAGAAGUCAUGUUGAUGUGUCACAAAA